CCACGCCUUCUUUUGCUUUCAUCUUUCUCAUUGACCAAUGGGCUUGGAUCAUUAAGGCCACACCCCUAUUCUGCAUUCUAGUGGGGCCCUGGUUACGCCUCCUCUGGCUCAGUCACACAGCUGCCUGGUAGGUGACUGGAGGUAUUUGGCAGUCAUUGCUGGGAUUUUGCUGAUAUGGCACCAACCCUGCCUGCCUUCCCACCUCAUGAUGGCUGAAGAAACUCAACAGAGCAAAUUGGCUGCAGCCAAGAAAAAGUUAAAAGAGUAUCAGCAGAGGAACAGCCCUGGUGUUCCAGCAGGAGUGAAGAGAAAAAAGAAAAACACAGCAGUAACCCUGAGACAACCACUUCUGGUGCUUUCCACUCACCUGGAGAUGAUUCCCAGCUCCGCCCCAAACUUGCACCUCGAAUCCAUCCAGGUACUGAGCAGAAAAAGGGUCCUCCUAUGGUAUAGGUUGGCCCUGAGACCCUAGCAAUGGCUACUGGUGCUGAGGAGGCAUUGUGCUGGCUUCCGUGACCCAGCAUGUCUGCCAGAAGGGUGAGGCUAGAUGCGGCUCUGCCAAGAGGCCUGAAGGACAAGACAGCAGCUUCCAUCAAGGACCAGGGACUAAUUCAAUCUCUUCUUGACAGAUGCUUUUUGACGCUGAUAGGCCUGGCCUCUCUCAUUUCUCCCCCCCAACACUGCCCUCUCUUUCACCUCCUUCGCCUGUCUUAAAGACUCUUGAAGAUGUCACAUCAGGCAAAUGCUGAGUUGUCAGAGAAGGAGGUGGAGCCCUAACAGAACAUUAAGGCUAGUCAACAAAAACUGACAAAAGGGAUGGAGAUCUGAGGCCUGUUUUGUAAGGAGAUGCAUUCUGUCUCCAGUAAAGGAAAGAAGACUAGAAGGAAAGAGGGAGGGGAGAAGCGAAGAGAAAUCCUUCUAAUGUACCAGAUGUGUCCUGACAUGUCAUAUGUCUAGCUCUCCACAAAGCUCCAAGACAAAUUGCAUAUGCCUGAUGAACAGGAAGUGGGCAUGGCUGUGAGUUUUGAAACUAGGGAAAGCUGCCAGCCUGCAUCACAGUUAAACUAAAAUGGUCCCUAAACGACUUUUGGUUGAACAUGUUGGUUAACUUAAUUUCACGCUCAUAUGCUACAGUUUUAUAACACAGACUUCCAAAUGAUUACUUUAUUGGCCCCAGGAAGCAUAAUGCACAUAAGCUUUUAAUUUGCUCAAUAUCAUUGCAGUUUGUCUUAAAUAGAUAAAUCAUUGGUAUCCACUGAUGACCUUAGAUUUCACCAUCACCCAAGUUUCAAGUUUGAAAUUCUAAAAAUACUGCCAAGCUGAAGACAUUGGAAGGUCAUAUGUUGGAACAGGAAAUUUACAAUAAAAGAAAUGCAAAUUGCCAGCAAACAUAGAAAAAUAUGUUCACAAAAAUUGAUGGUUAAGUAAAUAUAAGUUGAAAGGACAACAAAAUAUCAUUUUCAUUCAAAAAAAGUCUGAUAAUCCUUACUUUGGAAAAGAUGUGAGGAAAUAGGGACCCUGUUACACUGUUGCUGUGAUUCUAAGUACAACCAUUUUCAAACUGCCUUGGCUCAAUCUAUUCAAACUGGAAAUGUAGGUGCGUUUUGAUUCAGAUUUUGUAAUGCCAUGAAUUUUCCUACUGCUGUACUUGUAUAUGUUUGAAUUCUAUGGAGUGGUCAAAAUACAUGAGCAGGAUCUACAUAGAGCAACAUGAAAUGGCUUCAGAAAUAUAAUGUGCAUGAAAAAAAGUCUUUUAAAAAAUGAAUUUAUAGCAUAAUUAAAUUAAUAUAAAUAAAAAUCACUCUAAACAACAUUAUAUGCUUGGAGACAUACAUAUAUGGAAAUGAAAAAAAGAUGGAUAGGAAGUGAUUACAUUCUAUACAAGAGAGUGGAUGUCCGUGGUCAGAAUGAUAGCGUUAAGAAGGGGGGAUAAGUAAAAAACAAUAAUAUAAUUUUUUAAAAAAUUAAGGAGAGGUGCUGUAAGGAUAAUAACUAUAUGGCCUUAGUAAGGAGCAUGAUUGAUUCAUUCCAAUACAACUGAGGUCUGCAAAAAGAAAAAUUAAAAGCGAUAACCAAAAAAGUCCCUAAUUAUUCUUGCCUAAGGAAAUUAAAGUGUAAGCUCAAAAAUGUUAACUGAGGCAAUUUAUUGUAAUAGGAAUAAAUUGGAAGCAUUCUAAA